AUGCCGCCUAUCGAAGACCGUCGUGUCUGUGGUUAUUCCUUAGAUGGUCCUGCUCUCCUCGCGUAUGGCGUAAAGAAAGGCUGGGGCACCGACAAGACCGCUUUCGAACGAGUCGACACCAUGUUUGAUACCGUACGGCGCCUCUUCCAGAAACACACAAACCUUCGUACUCAGGUCUGCGGUGUUGUGAAGCCAGUACAACCAGGUGCUGAGGUCAAUCUCUUUCUUGCGGUUGCCUGCAUGGAUCCAAGAAACUUUUUUCCUUUGCCUGCUGAAGACGACCCGGACUUUAUCGAGCUGAAGAAGUUGCUCAAGGCUACGAAACCGCCGAGAUGGACAAAGAUGAUGAUAUAG